GCUUUCAAGUGCUAAUAAGUAGUGUAAUCCAACUUGGAUAACCAGCUUGCUAUUUCCAUAUCUCAUCAUGCAUCUGAGUAUCAGUAAUAUUUGGGACUCUCAGCUGGACGAGUCGAAAUGGAUGCACUUCUGAAAAUUGUUUUGUUGAUCAGCUUAUAUUUUAUUGCUGUAAGCCUGCACUUGGGAUUGUGUGACGAUGUACCUUCCGCCGAGGCAGACACGGUUGUAACUGAGAGUGAAGAGCACUACACUGCAUCCGAUGACUUCGGCUAUUAAGGGGGCCACGAAUAGAGCCCUACAAAGCCCGUUCAUGGGUAAAUAAAUGUACUAUCUUUCAGCAGA